CCGCAGCCAUGCUUUUCGACCGGCUCAAGCGCUUCUGCGUGCAGCUCGACUGCCCAGAGGUGGCGGCGCCGCCGGUCUUCAGCUCGGGCGAGAGCGUGGCCGGCCGCGUGGUACUGGAGCUGUCGGGCGAGGCGCGCCUGGGUGCCCUCCACCUGCACGCCUACGGCUGCGCCAAGGUCCACUGGACCGAGUCCCGCUCGGCCGGCUCCAGCACCGCCUACACGCAGAGCUUCGGCGACCAGGUGGAGUUCCUCAGCCUCCGCCAGGUCCUGCUCGCCCCGCCAGACAGCGGAGGCGUGACAGUCCUGCCGGCCGGCCGCCACGAAUUCCCCUUCGCCUUCCAGCUGCCCGAGGCUCUGGCCACCUCCUUCGAGGGGAAGCACGGGAGCGUCCGCUACUGGGUGAAGGCCAAGCUGCACCGGCCCUGGGCCACCGUCCGCAGAGCCCGGAAGGAGUUCACCGUGCUGGAGCCCAUCGACAUCAACACGCCGGCCCUGCUGGCUCCUCAGGCUGGUGCCAAAGAGAAACCGGCUCGUGCCUGGUAUCGCAACCGGGGGCAGGUUUCGGUCUCUGCCAAGAUCGAUCGGAAAGGCUACACACCAGGUGAAGUCAUCCCCAUUUUUGCUGAAAUUGAUAACUGCACCACUCGCUCAGUGGUCCCCAAGGCGGCCAUCAUACAGACGCAGACGUUCAUUGCUCGGGGUACCAAGAAGCAGAAGAAGUCAGUUGUGGCAAGCAUCGUGGGUGACCCCAUCGCAGCAGGCAAGCGUGAAGUGUGGCACGGGCGUGCGCUCAAGAUCCCUCCCGUAGGGCCCUCCAUCCUGCAGUGCCGUAUCAUCCAUGUGGAGUAUGUGCUCAAGGUCUGUGUUGACAUUCCUGGGACUUCUAAACUGCUCCUGGAGCUGCCACUGGUGAUUGGGACAAUCCCACUGCAUCCGUUUGGCAGCCGCACAUCCAGCGUUAGCAGCCAGUACAGCAUCAAUCUGGAUUGGCUCCGGAUGGGCAUCCCUGAACAGCCCGAGGCUCCACCAGCUUACUCCUCUGUGGUCACCAGCGAAGAGCCUAUUGAGAACCUGCCCCGUCCUUGCCAGGAUGAGGCCACCAGUGUCUUUGAAGGGCCAUUCUUUGCCUACAUCCAGGAAUUUCGCUACCGGCCUCCCCCUCUCUAUUCAGAGGUGGAUCCUAAUCCUCCCUCCGAUAGCUCCGUCCGCCCACGCUGCAUGACAUGCUGAAGGAAACCUUGUCAGACUUGCCAUUCUGUGACGGGGGCUUUGCUCAGAGCAUUCAGCACGGGGUGCUCCACGGAGGAGCUGGCUGGUGUUCCUCUGGACCCGGUUGGUGUUGGUGAUGGAGGAAGGAGAGAGACAGCUCUCUCUUCCGUUGUGCACUGUGGAGCCACUCUAGCCUGCAGCGAGACGGCUCGGUCCCUUGGGCGCCACGUGCGUCUUGAAGAAGGAAGCUGCCUUCUUGCCUUCAGAGAGGAAGAUUCCUGUACUCGGACAAAGUGACCACCUCAGCAUUGCUGGUUGUGUUUCGGACCACCCAGUGCUCUAAGGAUUGGCCAGGCCUGCAGCAUCCACUGGGCAGGGGCAUUUUGGAGAAGCAGCUCUGCCAUGAUUCAAAGGGUGGUGGAGUUAGGUUGUUCCUCACUCCGCCACAGGUUUGUAAACCAAACAGCAGUGGUUGCUGAUAACUGCACUAGCUGGAUGGCAGGAUCGGGUGGCUGCAGCCGGGGCUUGACUGGCAACUUCACUUAUCCGUUGUCUUGAGUAUGGAAGACUACCUCUGUGAGGUGAAGAGAUGGAUUUUCUAUUGAGACGUGUGCAGCUGUGGACAAGCCUUGCUGGGACUGUAUACAGAAGCUCUGCUGUCCUCAAAACCUUGUCCUGGGCAUCUAGCAGUUCACGAGAGGGGAAAGUGGGAAUAAGCAGUUUGCAUGGGAGGUUCCUUGCAGUAUACUUCUGCCUUUUGUAGGACAGAUCAGAAUUAGACCCUAAAUCUGUCUGGUGGAGGGGGGAGCACACUCAAAGAUGCAUUCCACAAAUGAAAAACUUUCCAAAUCUGCUCAGCUGCAAGAUUGCUAAGAUUUUCCCUACACUGAGCCACUGGCGUAUACUCUGGUUUUGAUGCACUUCUUAAAUUAUAUAUUUUUAGAUUGCUGUUUUAUAAUUUUCAUAAACUGUGUUUGAAGAGACAAAGCUUAUUUUGUGCGUGCCUGUAUUUUUGCUUUUCUACAAACGACAAUAAACUUAUGAAACUUC